GGGUAGACUGUGAGGACCAUGUAGCGGACCCACCAGGUGUGGUGCUCCGCUAGUGGUAGAGAUGGAGAUGGAGGAAGAAGGGGGAGCAAGAUGACGCACAGCGCAACUCCCACGCAGGACUCCAACGCACGAACUCCAAAAAUGUGCAAGUGAAGAAGGCUUAGGUGGGUUGAUGAUAAGCACUUGGUGGGACCACCAGGCGGCGGCGCGUGAGGGGACCACCCUAACCGCGGGCGACGGGGAGAGGACCUCCAUUCCGUGGAAUCUGGACUCCAUCGCCGAGUUCAUUGCCACGUGUCCCAAGAGGGUCUUGUUCAUCCACGAAGGGCCGGUGCCUCCUCGUCGUCGGAUCUGGUCCUCUUCGGUUGCCAUCGAUGACAACGGUGACUUCGAGGUUCUACUCAACCAGGCACCGCUCAGUCUCUCCCCUGUCUUCAUGUUCGAUGAGUGGGACACGUCCUUCGGACGUCGACAUAGUUUCCCUGUCGAUGGCAAGAGCAUGUACUUCAUCGAUGAACUCAUCGAUGAGGAUGACGGCGGCACCAUACUGUUGUGCGACCGACUCCGUGAAGCCGUGGAAGAUCGAUUAAGCGACGUACGAGGAUCGGGAUCGGACGUCUAUCUGGCAGCAUUCCUCCUGAGCAAGGGUUCAAACUCCAAGCCCCAUAGACGUCCCGACCGAAGACAGAGCGACGUUAUCCUUACCUUGCGGUGGGACCUGAAAGCGCACCAGGCAAAAUCGUUUCUAACGGACUCGGCGACUUUCGGGCGGCUUCAUCACGUGAACGUUUGCGCCUUUCUGGGCUGCUGCCUACAAAAGAGGAAGUGCAUCUUCGUCGAUCCUUACGUAGCGGGCAAGAGCUUGUACGACAGCCUCCAUCCCGCACUUGAAGAUCGAGAAAGAGAAAUACCAGGAGCAGGAGGCGGAGGAGGAGGAGGAGGAGGAGGAGGAGGAGGAGGAACAGGAGCAGCAACAUCAGCAGCAGCAGCAGCAGCAGCAGCAGGAGGAGGAGGAGGAGGAGGAGGAGGAGAAGGAGGACGAGGAGGGGGAGGAGGAGGUGGGGGAGGAGGAUCAGGAGAAGGAGAACGAGCAGGAAGAGUGGGAACAUGGGGCAAGCAAGCAAUGGCAAAGGAAGGAGGAGGAGGAGGAGGAAGAGGGUUGUGGGGAGAGGGAGGUGGUACAGAGGACGGAAUAGAAGGUCAGCACAACCGUCUCUCCUCUCCACUUACACUGAGAGUAGCGUGUCGCCGUUGCGCUUACAAAUUGCCAGAGCGCUUCGUUACCUUCAUUACGAGGUUCACCAACGAGUUAUCGAUGGGGAUGUACAUUGUAGAAACGUGUUGUUGGGAGAAGGAGGUGGUACAGAGCACCGACGCCGAUUGGGCGACCAACACUCUCGUUCUAAAAACGAAGUGUGGACAGACGUAUCGCGUACCUUUCAUAGGUACCACGGCGACACCGCGCCCCRAUCCUCCUCCCCCGGAGCCUUCAGUGCSYACACCAUCUCCCUCUAUCACUGUCACCUCGCCUCGGCAGUUCGCUCACUUCAUUCGCCAGGACGACGUCACCUUCUUUAUGGUGGACGUGACGGAUCUCUUACACUAUGAUCCACCCUGUCCCGACGCCGAGCUCAUCCCUCCCGAGGCAGAUCCUCCCUUUAUCUCCAUGGCUCCCAUCUCUACUUUCGUCCCUCUGCCAUCCGUCGAGUCCACCCCGCCGUCGCGCGCUGACGCUAACGCUAAGGAACUCGCACAAUAUACGGCUGACCUGGAGCCCGCAGUUCGUAACCUCAUCCGAGAGUACCACGACGUUUUUCCAUCGUCGUUCUUGUACGCCGGCAUCCCACCGAUGGGUGACGUCGAGCACUCCAUUCAGCUUGUGCCUGACUAUCGUGUUCACCACCAGGCACCCUAUAGACUCUCGAUUCCCGAGGCCACCGAACUCAAGCGUCAGCUUGAGGAACUCCUGAGACURGGUUUCAUUAAACCCAGCAAMUCCCYGURGGGUGCACCMGUCCUCUUUGCUCGCAAAGCGGAUGGAACUCUCCGUCUCUGCAUCGACUAUCGCGGUCUCAACCGCUACACGGUUAAGAACAGCUACCCCAUGCCUCGUUCUAAUGAGUUGUUCGACCGCCUAGCAGGCAACUGCUUCUUUACGAAGAUUGAUCUUGGUAGCGGUUACCAUCAGAUCCGCGUCGCUGCAGCAGACCAGCCGAAGACAGCGUUCCGAUCCCGCUUCAGCCACUACGAGUUUACGGUGAUGUCAUUCGGCCUUACCAAUGCACCCGCCACCUUCCAGAGGGCGAUGAACGACAUCUUCAGGGACAUCCUGGAGCAGUAUGUUCUCGUCUACCUCGAUGACAUCCCGGUCUACAGUCGUACCCUUGAGGUACACCUCAGACACCUCCGCGAUGUCCUUGACCGCUUGCACAGACAUGGCUUCUACGCCAAGCUGAGCAAGUGCCGCUUUGCCCAGCACAAAGUGGAUUUCUUAGGACACUACGUGUCUGACCAGGGUCUCCACAUGGACGACGCGAAGACCACCGCUAUUCCGGAAUGGCCCGCCUCCACAUCCGCCAAGCAGCUUCGCAGCUUCCUAGGCCUGACCAGCUACUAUAGUAACUUCAUCCGGGGAUACGCUAGGUAUUCCUACCUACGUGUCCGAGCAGUAGCAGAGUUCCAUGACCAGGCAGCCGCCGGUGAUAUGGGCUUCCACAAGACGUUGGCUCGUGUGAGCCGCCUGUACGUCUGGCCGAAGCGCAAGGACUUUGUGAAGGACUACGUCGCAGAGUGUCCCACCUGUGUGGAGGUGAAGAGUGCGAACCACCUGCCUUAUGGUUUGCUCCAGCCUCUUCCUAUCCCUGAGGGUCGUUGGCAGCCCAUCUCGAUGGACUUUAUCGGUCCUCUUCGUCCUCCAACCCCUCGCGGUCAUGAUGCUAUCCUGAUCGUCGUCGACCGCUUCACGAAGCGUGCACGCUUUGUUGCGUGCCGCUAUGCCAUCAGGUCACGUGAGGUCGCCGACAUCGUGUUUGACCGAGUCGUGCGUGACUACGACUUACCUCUGAGCAUCAUAUCUGACCGUGACCCGCGCUUUACCAGCCGAUUCUGGCGACGACUCCACGAGGUGUACGACACUCAACUCUGCUUCUCCUCGUCUUACCAUCCUCAGACUGAUGGUCAGACCGAGAUCACGAACAGGACUCUCGAAGAUAUUCUUCGAAAGAUUGUUUGUGACGACCAGUAGUGGGAUCGUCAUCUUGCCCACGUGAAGAUAGCCUACAACCACGCCUUCUCGCCAACCACGGGGAUGUCGCCUUACUA